AUGGCCCUUGAUCUGUCGUCAAUGUGGUUACCCGAACUGGAAAUGGAGAAUCGAGGGUUCAUGAAUCAAGAUGAUAUGAGCAAACCAUACGAUAUUGAGGAUAAACUAAAUGUUAAUCAUUAUGACAUCGAUAGUUUUACCGACAGAUCUUUCCAGACUCCAACUAGCUUUGAAGAACAGUUUGAAAUGAAACCGGCUAGUUAUAGUUACAAGGCUAGUAGUAUUAACACAAUGUGUCAAACUCCCAAGGCCGUGGCUGCUACUAGUGUUUCAUCCUCCAACACUUUCACUAUAUCUUUUGGAGAACUAAUCCCUAAAGAACUCGGUAUUGAAGUUUCUGGGACAGGAAAGGUUCAGACCAUGGCCAUGGCUCCAGUUCAGGUUCAAGAUCAUGUGUUGGCUGAGAGGAAGAGAAGAGAAAAGUUAAACCGACAACUGAUUGCUUUGUCUGCCCUCCUUCCUAACCUUAAGAAAAUGGAUAAGGCUUCUGUGUUGGAAGACACAACAAAUUACAUAAGAGAGCUUCAAGAUCGCGUGAAGGAACUCGAGGGAUUGUCACUCAUUAAGAGGAAGGAAGCUAAAGAAUGUAUUAUUGCAUCAAAGAAAUCUAGGAUUAGAGGAGAUGACGACGGCACCUCAUCUUCGAAUGAAACAAACUCUGCAGACUGUUGUGCAGAUGAUGACUCUAGCAAAUCGUCUACUGAGAUCGAAGUGCGGAUGUCCGGAAGCAGUGUGCUAGUAACAAUCCAGUCCCAGAAAAACCCCUCUUUGCUAGGGAAAGUGCUAAGCAUGAUGCAGAAACUUGGGCUAUCCAUAAGCAGUAGCAGCGCCAUGCCUUUUGCUAAUACAACUACUCUUAUAACCAUUGUCGCUCAGAUUGAGGGCGACUUCUUUAUAACAGCAACGGAUCUCAUCAAGAAACUUCAACUAGCUUUAUGAAAUUCAAUUACAUUCAACUACAAGUUCAUGAUAUCCACUUUGAGGUUGUUGAUAGGUUUAUGUACUUGUUUUUUUCACUUUAGGAUGAACGUUGAGAACACCAUUCUCAUCCCAAUCAUUGUUUUGUUUUUGUUUUUAAUAUUCUUAAGGACAGUUGA